CUUAGACACCGCAUCCGAAUAGCACUAAUAUUCACGGUUGGAUUCCUCGUAAAAUGAGUCCAAUGUCGAAGGCUCUCCUUAAAAUUCUGACCCUCUCGCCCUCGUUAUAUAUACAGAGCUCAUCCACCAGAGGUUGGGCAGAGGCUGGAGGGGUCUUGCAGUUUGCAUUCUAUCUCCUAUCGGAGGCCACGAUCGAGCAAAUAUAACUUACGAUGGAGGUUAAUAUGUUGGACCAACUUUCAACAACAGAUAUGGUGUCCGUUGCCUCUAGAUUGCUGGUGCGGGAUUCGACGACCAUCGAAGAGAAGACCUAUGUGGUCCUUCACAUAGCAAACGCUCGAGAAAUAAGCCGAUUCCAUGACAUCUUGAUGCCGAUAUUGGAGAAACUUCUGGAUGGCAGGACCGAGGAUGACACAUGUGUUGAGAUCAAGCCGGAACCACCUCGAGAUCUUCAAACAGCUGUUCUCAUGGCCAUUAAAGCCAUCCUCCUGGACCUGACUGACAAGGCACCGACGACCUACUGUGCAAGAUUGAAGCCAUUGUUGGAGCAGGAAGGUCUCCUCCCUGAGGCAAGAAGCCUGCAGGAUUUCAUACGUCAACUGCUUGGGAUACCUCGGGGCCCAACAGAGGUGCUCGAGAGAGUGUUACGAGAUGCACCAUCCAGGCCCAUCCUGCACAGUCUUCAGGAUCUUUCAGACAACCUGGGUUGGGACUUUGCGGCAGACAAACCUGAUUCACCCGCAAUAUACGCGAAGUGCUCCCUGAAAAUAGAGGGGUCACCGCUUGAAAACAUUCAGCCAGGCCUUGAGAGACUGGCCAUGAUUUAUCCUAGGUGGACUUUCCGGAUUUUGGAGAAGGGUGGCGGUCCUCUGAUCUCUAGCUGUAACUAUUAUCCAUCAACAAAGUAGAAUCAGCAUUAGGUUGAAUCGCUUCUUCAUGUCUCUAUGUACAUUAUUCCCAGAUUUCUAGCUGAUUUUGGUUCGUCAGCA